AUGGCUCUUCCUUCUGCUGAUCAAACCGGCAACAUGGCCGAGAUGGAGAUGCAGUGGGCAGUCAAGGCCAUGCACCACGCCGAGACAUACAUGCAGCUGCUCAAGGCUGUCGGCGGAAAGAACUUUAAGCUGACGCCGAUCGACGACGAGCUCUACAGUGAUUUUAAGCGGAACUUCCCCGAUCUCAAUAUUGCCGUGCUGAACGAUGAUGACUUCAAGACUGAUAUGGCAAAGGCCAAAUGGCGCGAGUUCAUCAACAAGUAUGAGAACCGGGUCACUGACUUUAACUUUGGAUCGCUUCUUCGCAUUGACUGCACGGGCGACUAUUCUGAGGACAACACGAUGUUUGUUAUGCGGACGCAGUUCUACUGCAUUGAGAUUGCCCGGAACAAGGAGGGUCUCAAUGACUCUCACCACAGCUGA